UUGUUGAAAGGAACCCGUAUUCAUCGUUAAUGAGGGGUCCGCUGGGGUUCAGAUCGGACUGGUAGCAGGUUCUGUGCGCCUGGAUCUACUUUCCAUACGAGCUGGUUAGCUACAGUCGACCAGACCUCUACAUGUAGGGGGAGAUCUAACCAAGAGCACACAGCGUACCCGUCCGCAUGUUUCAUUUUUAAUCAACGUGGUUUUAAUUGUGUUUGUGCAUCACCUCUGGACACACGUUUUCACACCAUUUAUUUUUGCGGGCUUAGGUCAAGCAAGCAAAAUGGCUACCCAGUCUGAUCUGAUGGAGCUGGACAUGGCGAUGGGGGACAGCAAGGCUGCGGUGAGCCAGUGGCAGCAGCAGUCCUACCUGGACUCUGGCAUCCAGUCUGGGGUCACCACAUCCGCUCCCUCCCUUAGCGGCAAGGGUAACCCAGAUGUGGAGGACGACGACCCAGGCCUCUACGACUGGGAGUUCAACCCGCCCUUCACCCCUGAGGCCCCAGACAUGGAGGGCUGCGCCAUGACCAGAGCCCAGCGUGUGCGGGCGGCCAUGUUCCCCGAGACGCUGGAGGAGGGGGUGCAGAUCCCGCCCAACCAGCUGGACGCCGCCCACCCCACGGCGGUGCAGCGCCUGGCAGAGCCGUCUCAGAUGCUGAAGCACGCCGUGGUCAACCUGAUCAACUACCAGGACGACGCCGAGCUGGCCACCCGCGCCAUCCCCGAGCUCACCAAGCUGCUCAACGACGAGGACCAGGUUGUGGUGAACAAGGCGGCCGUGAUGGUUCACCAGCUCUCCAAGAAGGAGGCGUCGCGCCACGCCCUGAUGCGCUCGCCCCAGAUGGUGUCCGCCGUGGUGCGCGCCAUGCAGAACACCGGUGACGUGGAGACGGCCCGCUGCUCUGCCGGCACCCUACACAACCUCUCCCACCACCGCGAGGGGCUCCUCGCCAUCUUCAAGUCUGGGGGCAUCCCCGCCCUGGUCAAGAUGCUUGGGUCACCGGUGGACAGCGUCCUGUUUUACGCCAUCACCACCCUCCACAACCUCCUGCUCCACCAGGAGGGAGCUAAGAUGGCCGUGCGUCUGGCCGGCGGCCUGCAGAAGAUGGUGGCCCUGCUUGCCAACACCAACGUCAAAUUCCUUGCCAUCACCACUGACUGCCUGCAGAUCCUGGCAUAUGGCAACCAGGAGAGCAAGCUGAUCAUCCUGGCCAGCGGCGGCCCCCAGGCCCUGGUGAAUAUCAUGAGGACCUUCACCUAUGAGAAGCUGCUGUGGACCACCAGCAGAGUGCUCAAGGUGCUGUCUGUCUGCUCCAGCAACAAGCCGGCCAUCGUAGAAGCCGGUAUGUACCCACAAGGAGGCAUGCAAGCCCUGGGCCUCCACCUGACCGACCCUAGCCAGCGUCUGGUCCAGAACUGCCUGUGGACCCUCCGAAACUUGUCAGAUGCGGCCACCAAACAGGAGGGCAUGGAGGGUCUCCUCGGGACCCUGGUGCAGCUGCUGGGCAGCGAUGACAUCAAUGUGGUGACGUGUGCUGCAGGCAUCCUCUCCAACCUCACAUGCAACAACUACAGCAACAAGCUCAUGGUGUGCCAGGUGGGGGGCAUCGAGGCCCUGGUCCGCACCGUCCUGCGAGCCGGCGACCGGGAAGACAUCACCGAGCCGGCCGUCUGCGCUCUGCGUCACCUGACCUCCCGCCACCAGGACGCCGAGAUGGCCCAGAAUGCAGUGCGCCUCCACUACGGCCUGCCGGUGGUGGUCAAGCUGCUGCACCCUCCUUCCCACUGGCCACUCAUCAAGGCAACCGUCGGUCUGAUCCGUAACCUGGCCCUGUGCCCGGCCAAUCACAGUGCGUUGCGUGAGCAGGGGGCCAUCCCCCGCCUGGUCCAGCUGCUGGUCCGGGCCCACCAGGACACCCAGAGACGCACCAGUAUGGGAGGAAACCAGCAGCAGUUUGUGGAGGGCGUGCGCAUGGAGGAGAUUGUGGAAGGAUGCACGGGGGCGCUCCACAUCCUGGCCCGGGACGUGCACAACAGAAUCGUCAUCAGGGGACUCAACACCAUUCCACUCUUUGUCCAGCUGCUGUACUCCCCGGUGGAGAACAUCCAGCGCGUGGCGGCCGGCGUGCUGUGUGAGCUGGCCCAGGACAAGGAGGCCGCCGAGGCCAUCGAGGCGGAGGGAGCCACCGCCCCGCUCACAGAGCUGCUGCACUCCCGCAACGAGGGCGUCGCCACCUAUGCUGCAGCUGUCCUGUUCCGCAUGUCUGAGGACAAGCCCCAGGACUACAAGAAACGCUUGUCGGUGGAGCUGACCAGCUCCCUGUUCAGAACCGAGCCCAUGGCCUGGAACGAGACUGGAGACCUGGGUCUGGAUAUGGGGUCCCAGGGAGACCCCCUGGCCUACCGGCAGGAUGACGGAGCCUAUCGGGCGUACCCGGCCGCAUACGGGCAGGACUCCCUGCUGGACCCCAUGAUGGAGGGGGCCGACUACCACGCCGACACCCUGCCCGACCUGGGCCCCCACACCGACCCGCUGCCCGACCUGGGCCACACCCAGGACCUGAUGGACAGCAGCCAGCUGGCCUGGUUCGACACCGACCUGUAGGACGGCUGUAUCGAAGGGAACCUGUGUUUUGGGGCGUGGCCCGCAGAGUGGAAGGUAACGGCAGAGAGGAAGGGGGAUCGUGGGAAGUGCCUGACUCGGGACUACACAGGGUUGGAGAUGGUUGCCACAGGAAUGUCGCUAGAAAGUCUGAAAUGUGGGAGAAAGGGAUGAAAGCGAAGGUGUUGGUGAGAGGCGUGGAAAAAAAACACACACACACACACACACACACACACACACACACACACACACACACACACACACACACACACACACACACACACACACACACACACACACACACACACACACACACACACACACACACACACACACACACACACAGCGGGAGACCUAUGGCAUGGCUUGCCAAAAUGAGGAGAGCACACGCGAUGGAUCGUAAAGAUGGAAUCACUCAUGUUUUAGCCUUGGCUGUAUUCUCGGUUGUUUCUUUCCAUUCUUUUUCUAUUUUUUCUAUUUCUUUUGUAUUACUCAUUCUCUUUUAUGGUACUGAACCGGCUUGCCUCGGCGCUCACCAUCGUCAUGUUUCUCUCGAUUUGCCAAUCAUUUGUAAUCUUUCUUUUUUAAAAAAUCGUACGUUAUAUGUAGUGUUAAGUUAUAGUGAUAUUAUACAAUGUUCCUUUUGGUUGAGACCGAAACGUGUAGAACACUAAUAAUCAAUCGAAUCGUAUUCUGACUUUAAAGUGUAACAUUGUGUAGUUUUGUUUUUUUAUAAUCAACGAUGAAAUUAUGCAUUCUUAAUGUAUGCUUGUUACAGCAUACUCUGAGUGUCACUGCGGUUGUAAAGGGGUUUCCUGGGGAGGA